CAUAAAGGUGGUUUGCAUCAGUCCGCGUAGCGCACCGACAUGCAUGUUCUGUGUAUGCAUCGAACCGCACCGCCUUCGAGUAAGGCAUUGACCAAUACACUGCUAUCUCCAAGCGUGCUUGAACCAGCGCGGCCAACCUUGGAUAGGCGUGCUCGAAGAACGCCUCAGGGGCCUAAUCCAUGCUGCGUGUCUAUAUAAUGACGGCCCCGGAGUUGGCUCAUACACCAUAAUCUUCACGCCCACGACGCAAAUGUUCCCGAACCGCCAACCUACUCGCAAGGGCACUUCGCGCCCGUCCGCACUUUCGCGCUUCGGCUCGGGCACCGCCAAAGCCCAGCCGAGCGAGGCCUCGUCGUCCACGCCAUCUUCCACGGCCGUAUCGAGCAGCCCUGCUUCGUCCGUCACCUCCCUUGCGCUCACCUCAGAGCCAGCCGAAGAGCCCGCACCCACAAAUGGUCGCAUGACGCCUUCCAAGGCCUCGACUAUGCCGACGAAGCGACAGCCUACCCGGCAGGAUUCCCUUCGGCCUUCUGCGCUGAAGCGGUUCAGCUCGAGCGCCGUCAGCCUGAUCAAGGGCCAGGGACAGACCAAUGGCGCCGAGACGUCCGUGUCCAAAGCUCCUGUCUCGGGCAGCCCGACAUCGUCGGUGAGCUCGCUCCCACUUGGCCCUGAUCCCGGAGAGGCUUCCGCGACGAGGAUAACUGAGGAACUGCGCAUGAAGCUGGAUGCAGCGGAGGAAACACUGGCAAAGGAACAGAGCAGAAUAGCAGCAUUCGAAGAGCGAAUCAAGGUCCUCGAAGUGGCCAAGGAGGAGGGCGACGCGAAUGAUAUCGCUCAGCAGGAGAGACUAGCUUCCUUGAACGCUCAGCUCGACGAGCUACAGGCACAGCUUGUACACUCCAGAGACGAAAUCGCCAGCAGAGAACGAGAGCUGUACACCGUACGGGCAGAAGCAGCGACGGAGAGGACAACACAAGGCGAGGUCCGGGGCAGGCUCGAAGGCGAGCUUGCGGACGUGCAGUCUCAGCUGGCAGAGGCGCAAGCGGAGUCACGCAGGAGAGUAGACGAGCUGGAAGCAGUGAGGCGCAAGACGGAAGAAGCGGUGUACGAGCGAAGCGCCAUGCAGCAGAAGGUCGACGACCUCGAGGCAGCGCUCAAGAAGGCACAGGAUGACGGCGAACAGGAGAAGAAGCGAAUGGGCGACGAGAUUGCUAAAUUGAAGGAGGAGUUGAAGAAGGCACAGUCGGGCGGAUGCGUUUUGCAAUGAGGGAGGUGGGAAGCGUAUGGGCACGUUGUGUCUCUAGACCUGAUGAUAUCAUUCACGGAGGCUGUCUAUGUAUAUUACCGUGACCCGGGCCUCAGAUUCGAGACGCAUCAGUAUCAGCGCGUGCAUAUUAUGGAAUGAACGCACGUCCCGUUGAGAGC